AUGGGUGCCCAAGAGUCCAAGCCCCAAGGUCAUUCAUGGAAGGUACGCUCCAAACCAGCCCUGAAGUACGCCUUUGAUAUGAUAUUCCGUAUUGACCUCAUGCCAAAGAAAACUAACAUGGCGAUAAAACCCCAGACCGAUGCGUCUCGCAGCAGACUAGUCGAGCAGCACAUCCAGGCCCGCGUUGCCGAGGAGCUCAAGAAGCUGCACCAGAAAGAAUCCGAGGCCUUGAAACUCGCGCACGACAAACUCGCCGACCUUGCUCCUUCAGACGCCGAAGAGAAGGGCCCCUCACGCUAUAGCGUCGGCAAGGAGAUCGAGGCGCUAAGCAGCAAGCUCGAGCAGCGAAAGCAGGUGCGGGAACUGCCCGAGGGCGUGGAGGUUGCACGAAACAACGUUAUCCGAUGCUUGAGAGAAAACGACAGGAAGCCGCUGGUCUGCUACGACGAGGUUGAGGCGUUCAAGGCGGAGGUGAAGAAGCUAGAGAAGGAAUGGAUUAACAGGGUGACUGCAUAA